ACCGGACCCAUGUAGUUUACUGCAGCAGCGCAACAAACCGGAGGGCGCUGCUCACUAACGUUACUCAAUUUAAUCCGGAUUAUAAAACGCUUCUUCUAAUAAAACUGAAGAAACUGGACACUUAUGGUUACAUCCUACUAAAUUAGGACGUGUGUCAAUGUAGCUCAGCUCGCGAUGAUUCGUACAGUCGCUGUGUAAUGUAACCUCAUCUAGGACAGUCGGUGUCUCGUCGAGGGAAACGUGCGCGCGAGCUGAAACCGGACAGUGCGCGCUGAUGUGCGGAUCACGGUGUGAUUAACCGUGACCCAAAGCCAAGUGAUGAACUGACUCCUGCAACGAUUAUAUGAGCCUAACUUGACAAAAACGAAAACUGACUGUGUGUGUGUGUGUGUGUGUGUGUGUGUGUGUGUGUGUGUGUGUGUGUGUGUGUGUGUGUGUGUGUGUGUGUGUGUUGAACUCACGUAUACGCUCGCGUGCACAGGGAUGCUGCAGCAAAGGACCGUAGUGCUCUAAAAGACCGUGCUUCAGAAAUGCACUGUCCUCUCGCUUCUUCUCACACCUGUGAAAAUGAUUAGAAAAAGAAAUGAGAAGGCAAUAAGAUUUUUAUGUUACUACAUGGAUCUACAUGCAUCCCGAAGUGAUGGUGACAUCCAGCUGUGCUUUUGAAAUUGGAAAGAAUGACCAUGUCUAAAGACCAUACUUCCAACCCAACACAUGCAACGAUGCAAAAUGCACUUAUGGAAGACAAUGAGCUCUUUCUUGAUCCUGAUGAGAAAAGUCACUCAGUCAGAGUCUCCAAAGAGAAAUCUCAUGUCAGAGGGAGCAAUUGGUCGGCUCACCACUCUUCUUCCUUCUGCUUUCCGCUCUCCUCUUCUACCCCUAGUGCCCUUGAUGUGCUCUCUACCUCGACCCAUAGCAUCACUGCUGCUCCCUCCUCCAUGAGCUGCAUCAUCAAAUCCUCUUCAGCUUCUUCUGAUAAAGAGUCUAUAGAGUCUUCCUUGCUAAGGCCCAAUCCUAGGCCAAACCUUCUUGAGUCUCUUUCUAUGGAGAUCUCACACAAAGAGUCUGAAUUCUGCCUCUCCAACUCUGACUCUAAGCUCUAUCUGCAACCUUGGAGAUGGACAGUGGGCCAACAACCCACUGUCCAGGAUGCAGAACUCUUGCCCAAGACAGUGCCUUCUUCUCCCACAGAGUCCCGCCCGAACCUGAUUAGCUCCGGCAGCUUGCUGAUGACUGAACUGGAGGACACGCGCCGUAAAUUGUCCGAGGUCAUGCAGGAACCACUUAGUAAGCUCAGCAAGAUCAUUGGAGAGGAGAGUGGCAGUCCUAAGUCACCGAAAGGUGACUCACCUGCCUCCCAAUGUAGUUAUUUAGGAGGCAUACCUGUUCAGAGUGAGGAUGGAGCUGGAGGAUUGCACAAAGAGAAUGAGAUUCCACUUGGAGUGUGUAAAACUCCACUAUGGAAGCCAAGGAGAAAACCAAGCGUUACUCCUGAGACCUGCUGUAAGCUGGGUAGGGGCUAUGAGAUCUGCAAUUAUGGUGAUGUCAUGCAAGUGCUGGAAAUUCAGGAGCAUUCUGGCAGAAAAGAGGUCAUAUGCCCAAAGCAGGAGGGUGUCCCACCUGUAACGUACACUCCAUCCUCAAACCCAGGCAGAUGGCUAGUAUGUGUGGGUUUGCUGGCGUACAGCUUCUUUGUGUUACCGCUGUCUUCCUACAUGACAGGACUGUCUCUUGGACUGGCAGGUGGAUUUAUGCUAGGCCUGACAGUGGUAAUGAUGCUAGGACCACACCGACCAGCUGUUCCUGAGAUGUCCAUCUCUUCCCCCUCUGACAGCCUGCUGAUGGAGUCUACAGGAUCAGCGCUGAGAGAAUCAGCAAAGAGAGUGCUUCAGGGCUGGAUGAAUGAGAUGUACAGUUAUGACCCAGAGACAUAUCACCUCUCUCUGUGCCACUCUGUCUAUGUCACUUUGGAUGGAUGUCAUCUACACCUGUCAUACCCACGUGUUAACAUUCCACGGCAAGCCACCUUCAACGAGCCCACUCAUGAGGCCACAUUUGUGCGCUCACGCUGUUUCCAGCUAUCCAACUGCAAGGUGUCUCUGGUGCCGCCUAUCUUGGCAAAAAAGAGAGUCUGGAACAGGAAAUAUCCCAUCUGCAUUAUGCUGGCUGAAGAAGAGCCGUGUGUAGAAGAAGAGCAAGUCAGUGAGGCAUCAGAGGCAAACAGCGAAAGAGCAGAAAAAAUUAACCAUCUGAGGAAGGUAGCAGACCAGACUUCUACUCUGUAUCUGUUUGGGCGUACAGGGAGAGAGAAAGAGGAAUGGUACCAGCACUUCCUGUUGGCUUCGAAAACCAAGAUCUAUGGGGAAGUGCCAAAUUCAGAGGUGUGUAGUAUUGGAGGUUCCAGUCAAGGAAGCAAUGAUGACUUGGCCUCGAUGCUGGGUUUAAGAGAGCUGGCUGGCUCAGUGAAAGAGAAGAUUCUGCUGGACUACAACUCCUACAUGGCUCACUUCAUUACUUCAGAUAGCUGUAGCCUCACACCCAGCCCUUGUCACAGUGAGCCAGGAAGCCCUACUGACACAAAGAAGAUCUCCAGUGAUCCAAUAGCAGGGUGUGAAGAUCCGGCCUGGCUCAAUGCCAUGAUUGGGAGGAUCUUUUUGGAUUUUUUGCAAGAGAAGUACUGGGGUGACCAGGUGGCACACAAGAUCCAAAAGAAACUGAGCAAGAUUAGGUUGCCCUACUUCAUGAAUGAACUGACGCUAACUGAACUGGACUUGGGCACAUGCAUGCCACAAGUGUUGAGUACAUCCAGACCCUCAGUGGACCACAGAGGUCUGUGGUUGGAGCUGGAGGUAUUGUAUACUGGAUCUUUGCAUAUGGCUCUGGAGACAAAGAUGAAUCUGUGCAAGCUCGGCAGAGAGAGCUGCUCUGAGAUUUACAGCAUCACUGACCCCAGCAAAACUGUGUGCACAAAGCCUAGGGUAUGUAUCAUUGCAGAUAGUGAUGACGAGUCAUCCAGCGCAGGCUCAUCUGACGAAGAGGAGCUGAUGUCCUCCGAGCCCCAAGGCCCUCUGGGAGAUAAGAGUAUACACUCAGGGUCUGAGGAAAAUUGUGGAAGCAGCACAAGCAGGAAAAUUCUGCAUUUUGUGGAAAAGAUUGCGAAAUCAAAGUAUUUCCAGAAAGCCACAGAAAAUGAGUACAUCAAAAAGAAAAUUGCUGAAGUCUCCAACACACCCCUGCUGCUGAGCGUUGAAGUGCUGGAACUCUCAGGAACUCUAGCUGUCAACAUCCCACCACCACCUACCGACCGAAUCUGGUACAGUUUCUGUGUUCCUCCAAGGCUAGAUCUGCGAGUGAAACCCAUGCUGGGUGAGAGAGAGGUCACGUUCACUCAUGUCACCGAGUGGAUAGAGAAGAAACUGCAGUGUGAAUUUCAGAAAAUUAUCGUAAUGCCAAACAUGGACGACCUGUACCUGCCUCUUAUGUCUUCCGGCAUGGACAAUACCGACAUGUCUCAGACUCUCUCAUGGGACAGCCAGGAUCAACAGGCGUGUGGAGCACAGAAUAAGACACAUGCAUGAAGGACAAGAAGGAAAAAAUUGAUAAUGUGCAUAUUGUAAAAUGUGUGUUUGGGGUGUGUGUCUGUUUGUGUGUUUGGAAAAAUAUCAGUCAUGUUACAAACGGAGGCCCCUGAAUUUCUAAGUGAAACAUAAAUUAAUCAGAUGAAAAAAUUGCUGAUUGUAGUGUGCUGAUUUUUUUUUUUUUUUUACAAAAAUAGCAUUUGAUCAUAAAUUGUCACAGCAAUUAUUUAGACGCCAGAGCUGCUAAAAUAAUAAGGAAAGAAUAUCAUUAUCUGUGUCACACCUCUAAGAUCCUGUGAUGUGUUUCCUUUAACAGAUUACACUAGCAUUUGUUUUUUUCUAUAGUGUAAUAUGACAUAUU